AUGAAGCACUGCGCCGAUGUUGCCAGCCUCGGGCUGCCGCCCCACUCCAAGGUCGUCGUCGCGACCCACCCCGUGCUCGCCCACAAGCUCACGAAGCUCCGCGAUGCCAAGACCGAUGCCAACCUCUUCCGCCACCUCCUGCGCGAGAUCACGUUCUACCUCGGAUACGAAGCAACGUCGGACCUUGCCGUCAUCCCCAAGAGCAUCACGACUCCGUUGGGGCCGCACCAAGGCGCCGAGCUCGCGUCCGUGGUCGCGCUUGUGCCGAUUCUUCGCGCCGGUCUCGGCAUGGUUGAGCCCAUGUUGGAUUUGCUUCCGAACGCUCGCGUGCAUCACAUUGGCAUGUACCGCAACAAGAACUCGUUGCUACCGGUCCAAUACUACAACAAGCUGCCGCACGACUGCAACGUGGACGUUGCGAUCAUCUUGGAGCCUGUCAUCGCCACAGCUGGCACCAUCAUUGCGACCGUCGCCGUCUUGCACGCAUGGGGCGUGAACCAGAUCAAGAUCAUUAGCAGCAUUGCCUCCAAGAAUGGCUUGAAGGAGCUCUUCGCCAAGCAUCCGGGCGUGGAAGUGAUUGUGGCCGCGAUCGACGAGACGCUCUCCGAGGAAGGCUACAUUGUCCCGGGUCUCGGCGACGCCGGCGACCGCCAAUUCGACACGGUGGCGCACACGGGCGUGAAGCGCAAGCUCAACGAGUAA